UGUAGCGAUUCUCCCCUACAAACCUCUGUGUCAGAGGCGUGAUUGAGAAAACCCCUCCCCUGAAAACUAGUCAUCUCAGCAUGUCACCUCAUUAGUGAGAGAGGAUGACGAUUCAAAGGGGAGAAAGAGACAGAGACAAGGAGAGUUAGACAGAGGAGAGGUCAUUGUAUGAGAUGAGAGACUACUGAUUCCAGCUGAUUUUUUAAAUAUAUAUUAUUUGCAGGUAUCAGCAUAUACUGAAGCUACUUUUUCCACAUCCAUUAACCUGACAAGUGGAUGCAUUUUACUGUUCCUUGGGGAAACUUUUUUAAAAAGAAUUUGAGAGGAGACGAAAAGAGAAGAACGAGAAGGAGAAAGAACUGUGCCAUCUGAAUGUGGAGAGUUUCCUAGUUUGGGUUGUUUUAACUUUCCUUAUCCAGAUCGGUUACCCCCUUCACCAUGGCGGCCAGGUGGAAACUCCUCAUACUGGCUCUGUACCUCUCUCUCGUCAUGGUCCUGUCGGAAACAGAAUGCCUUGAAGGAUAUAGUCUUGAGGACCAAACCUGCGUUGAUGAUGAUGAAUGUUAUGUGGAGAACCAUCCUGAUCAGCCAUGUGGAAUGAAUGCGACCUGUCACAACACAAAUGGCAGCUUCUACUGCAAAUGUCUUGACGGUUUCACAUCAUCAGGGGCUGCAACAUCUUUAACAUGUAAAGAUAUCAAUGAGUGUGCGGAGGACAGAGGCAUCUGUGGACUUAAUGCCAAAUGUUUUAAUACAAUUCCACAUUAUUACUGCACAUGUGAUGAUGGAUUCAUUUCCACUACUGGGUUGGAAAGAUUUCGCUAUGGUGACAACGUUACAUGUCAAGAUAUUGAUGAAUGUCAAGAGGAAAUGGUUUGUGGUCAAAAUGCAGCAUGCGUCAACACACCAGGCAGUUAUCGCUGUGUCUGUAAUGCUGGCUUUGGACUGAAAUCAGGCAAAUCGAACUUAUCUGGCAAUCAGGAGCAAUGUGAAGACAUAUGUAUGAUUGAUAAGACAAUCUGUGGAAAUGGAACCUGCCACCAUGGAGCCAGCGGCCAUUACUGUGCAUGCCACGCAGGGUUCACUAACUAUGGCAACAAUGGGUCUCGCUGCACUGCGUUAAACUGUGAUGUAUUCAAAGAUAUGAGCAUUCUGAAAGAGUUGAAAAAAAGCUGUCUGGACCUUACAGAAAGUGAGAAUCCGACAGAGCUGGAUGGAGAGGAACUAUUAAAGAAAAUGCUGUCUUUGAUCGAUGGGCUCUUGUCCCGUGGAGCCUUCAAAGAUAACAGGAAGGUCUCCACCUUUCUGAACGUGGUGGAGACCACUCUGGGGUUCAUAGGACCUUUCAUUAAGCCCCCCGGCACAACAAGCUCUUCCAGUUACACAGAGAUGCGCCUGCGGGUACAUAAGGGGGCUGACUUACCCCAGGGAGCUGUGACCUUAUCAUCUAACCAAGUUCGGCUGGACAUGCAGUUGGAGACAGCUGCUGGAGAUCCCUCCUAUUACCCUGGCUUCACAACAGUGUCCUUGCUGAGCUAUGCAAACCUGGAAGACUCUGCAGAUGGCUUCUUUAGUGGGAUGAAACCACAAGCGAACGAAAGCUUUAAGAUCAACUCUAAAGUUGUGACUGUCAUUGCCAGUAACAGAAACACAAGCCACCUCAAAGAGCCAGUCAAAUUGACUUUCAACCACCUCAAACAGUCAAAUGAAUCCAACCACACCUGUGUGUUCUGGGAUUCCUCGGAGAACGGAGGGUCAUGGUCUGCUCGUGGCUGCAGUGUGGUGGAGUCCAGCUCUGGAAACACUGUGUGUUCCUGCAACCAUCUGAGCAGCUUUGCUGUGCUCAUGGCGCUCUAUGAGAUAAAGGACAACAACAACAAGUAUGCAUUGACUCUGAUCACCCAAGUGGGCCUGUCCCUUUCACUAAUUUGCCUGUUCAUCUGCAUCCUGACGUUCUCGCUGAUCCGCUCUAUCAAAAGCCCAAGAACCACCAUCCACCUGCACCUCUGCAUCAGCCUCUUCAUUGCCACCGUUAUCUUCCUUGCAGGCAUUUCUCGUACGGAGAGCCGGGUUGGCUGUGCAGUGGUAGCAGGGCUGCUGCAUUUCUUCUUCCUGGCAGCAUUUUGCUGGAUGUGUCUGGAGGGCAUUCAACUCUUCAGGAUGGUAGUCCUGGUCUUUAACACCAACUUCAAAAUCCUCUACAUGAUGGCAGGUGGCUAUGGAGUCCCAGCUGUUAUUGUCGCUAUAUCUGCCUUAGCUAAUGCCAAUGGAUAUGGCACUGAAAGAUAUUGUUGGUUAAACUUGGAAUUCAUUUGGAGUUUCUUUGGCCCUGCCUGCGUCAUCAUUAUUGUAAACAUUUUCUUCUUUCUCAUCACUGUGUGGAAAUUGGCACAGAAGUUCUCAAGUUUAAACCCUGACCUGGACAAUCUGCAGAAAAUAAAGGCGUUCACAAUUACUGCAGUGGCUCAGCUGUGUUUGUUGGGCACCAUGUGGAUCUUUGGUUGCUUCCAGUUUGACGAGAGCACAAUAAUCUCAAGUUACCUGUUCACCAUCUUUGGCAGCUUUCAGGGCAUUAUGCUCUUCGUCAUGCACUGUCUGUUUUCUAAACAGGUGAGGGAAGAAUAUGGAAACAUCCUGUCCAGAUUCUGUGCACCUGGGGAGAAGAGCUACUUAAACUUCAGUUCCUCGCACACAAGCAAAGCUCAUGUAAGCCGUUAUUUUGAUGUCAAUGAAGUUAAACUGUAUUAUCCAAUCAUUUUGCCAUUCGUGCUCACUGGAUCUAUUUUCAUAAAAGACAUAUUAUCUAAAGGAGGUUAGAAAAGAAUUGCAUUUACUUAUUGUUAAAUAACAGAUGCCUUAAUUGCUCACCGACAAGGCCACAGUAAAAUUAGAUCAAACAUUUAGUAUGCAUGUGGACAGCAUACAUUUGAUCUGUAAUUAGAUUUCUUAAGAGACUUAAUGCAAGUCACUGGAAAUUUGAUUUGGAAACCUUCCGAAAGCAAACCCAUAAUUCUUUUCCAGGGUUUGAAGAUGACAAGGUAUUAUAGGAGAUGUGAAGUGAAGUGUGUCAGAGCACAGCCUGUCCUGAGAAUGAAAGAUUACUGACAUUGUCUGUCGUGACUGA